UCUUCCUUCCCCUUAUGCCAAGAAAGCAAGAAUCAAACUCAUCAGCUAUAGCACCCUCCCUCAUGUGCCCUUGAUUGCUCGUCUGCUGUCGGCGGUCAGGUACUUUUCUGUAGCAGCGACGUCGUCUAUCAGGGUGCAAGUUUGGCUAUCCAGUCGAUUUGUUAAUUGCCGAUGGCCAGCUCUCUACAACGCUUCUCCAGCCGUGCUUGUGUUUCUCGGACCACCAUUGUCCAAGGGUCAAAACCAUUCCUGGUGGACGCAUAUGUCGAGGUCAAACCUGGUGAGGUCGGGAUUGUCCCUAGCAUUCCAGAAGAACAUUGUCACCGUGAGGUUGUAAUAGGCUCACCUGCUAGGACUGCAACUCAACAAGGAUCAGGGUCCCUAUCAAGAUUUGCUACUGCUCUUUCGCGCCCUUUCAGCACUGCCACUACAGCAAAUGAGACUCAGACUCAGAAGCUUGAGCGCAUCGCUGACGAGCUCCUCAACCUCACAAAGAUCGAGAGGCACGAUUACUCCAUCCUCUUCAGGCUGAAAAUGGGCCUCAAUCGGUAUGGCCCGGCAAUCUCUGGAAUUGGCCCGACAUCUUCUGAAUCUGGGCCUGCCUCCACGGAUGCCAAGGCCGUUGAGAAGACUGCAUUUGAUAUAAAGAUUGAGAAGUUCGAUGCAGCGGCAAAGAUCAAGAUCAUAAAGGAGGUUAGGACUUUCACUGACUUAGGACUGAAGGAGGCUAAAGAGUUGGUAGAGAAGGUCCCUGUUGUGGUGAAAAAGGGCCUGACUAAAGAGGAGGCAGGGCCCAUUGUUGACAAGCUUAAGGAGUUGGGCGCUACUGUGGUAUUGGAAUGAGAUGA